GGGGAAAGUGGGGACUGAGACCCGGCUCUCUCACCACCAAGAGCAGCUCUCCCUCAGGCCGCGGUCUUGUCUCGAUGACGAUAACAAAAUGGCGGAGCCUCCUACCCGCUCCGCCCGGCCAUUGACCUCGUCUGGCUCCGCCCCAUUCUUCCAACGCCACGCUCCUAUUGGCUGCUGGUCGCUACCAGCCAGCCGUUAUUGGACAAGUAGACGUUUACGUCACAACAAUGAGUUGUGUGGACGACCGGCCUUCUGUACCGCGGGCUUCUCAGCCAAUGGCUUUCCGAUAGGGGCGGGUUCCGGUCACGUGAGGGGACUGCAGCCAAUUAGGGCUGGCGGGGGAAAGGGCGGCGUCUCUUCGCGCCGUGCUCGCUCCGGGGUCUGGGCCGCUGCGAGACUGUGGGAAGAACUUGGUUGCCGUUGCUGACGGGGGACAGCGGCUUCGUGCUGCCCGCGCGCGGGUCCCUCUCCCUGCUCGGCCCGUGGCCGCUGCCCCCUUCCCGGGCGCCUCCUGCUCCCCUUUUCUGGGGGUGGGGGAGACGCCUGCUGACGGCAUCAGUACCCCAUAGGUGGUGGGUAGAUGGGGAUCUCCCGACACGCCUAGCUCGCACCUCCCAGCCCUGCUCGGGGUAGGGCUUCUGCUUGAGGGGCUCCUUGCCCCCCGGGCUGCGCUACCUGUGCUGCUAGCCCUUCUCCCGCCCUGGGAGCAUGGGGGGGGGGCUCCUCGUCUCUCUCCCUUAACUACACUAGGGGUUGGGGGCCCCGGGGCCCGGUAGGCGUGCGGUGGCUGCUGUCUGCUCUGCCCUGGGGCCGCGCUAGGUGUGGGAAAGAUGUCAGAGGCAGUGCUGCUGUUGCGGCGGGUGCGGGAGCGCAGCAGUGAGGGAGCCACGGGGGCCCGGAGGAAGCGGAGCAGGCGGCGCCGUUUCUAUCCUGAGCACCGGGUGUACCGGGCCCGCAGCUCCUUCCUUGACCUCAGCGAGGAGCAGGUGCUGCGGCGCUAUCGUCUGGACAAGGCAGCUAUUGCGGGGCUCUGCAGCGAGCUGGGCUCUGACCUGGAGAGCCUGACAGGUCGCAGCCACGCCCUGCCGGUGGCCGUCAAGGUGACCUCGGCCCUCACCUUCCUGGCUUCGGGCUCCUUCCAGACAGCCACACGGGACACUACAGGCAUCAGCCAGUCAGCCAUGUCCAACUGCCUGGCCCAAUUCCUGGAGGCACUGCAGCGCCGGGCUGCCCGCUAUAUUACCUUCCCAGUCCCAGGCUCCACGGCAGGGCAUGCUGGGGGCCGCUUCCCUGGGGUGCUGGGCCUGCUAGGCAGCAUGCAUGUGGCACUGCGGGCCCCCUCGGAAAACGAGCUUGCCUACCGCAAUGUCCGCAACUACCACUCCAUGAACAUGCAGGUGGUGUGUGAUUCCCACGGCACCAUCAUCAACGUGGUGGCCAAGUACCCUGGCUCCUGCCCCAACGCCGCCGUGCUGGAGAACUCUGCCCUGGCUCGGCUGCUUGAUGGAGCCCGGCUUGACGGGCUGUGGCUGCUGGGAGACCGAAGUUACCCGCUGAAAACGUGGCUCAUGACUCCAAUUUUAUUCCCAUGUAGUCCGGGAGAGGAGAAGUACAAUGCCAUGCACCAGGAGGCCCUCUCAGUGCUCAAGCAGACAUGCACCCUCUUGAAAAUGCGUUUCCGCUGCCUGGAUAAAUCAAGUGGCUCCUUGCAGUACACCCCUCAGAAAGUCUGCCAGAUCUUCCUGGCCUGCUGUAUACUGCACAACAUCGCCCUGAGCCGCAGGAUGCCCUUAGACCUGGCAGAGGGGGAGGAGCUGGUGGAGGGGUCGGAUGCUGACCUGGAGCUCCCAGUGCAAACCCCCUUUGUUCAGAUCUCCAGUGAGGCCCGGGCAGUGAGAGCGCGGAUUGUGCAGCGGUUCAGAGAGAGCCUGACCUAGAGCAGCAUCCUUGUGCUGCACCAGCUGCUUCUGAAACAGCUGUUGGUGGGGAAAAGGACCAGCAUACCAAGUUUUUCCCCUCAGCAUCUGAUACAAGCCACGCACUUCACCCUCUCUAUAAGCAGCUGGAACAUAUCUUAUCCUGGAGCUAGUGGCAUUCCCAACACUGACCUGUCCUAGGAAGAGCUGCCAGCAAUUCCAGUUUCUGACACUGGAUUUCACUGUGGGGACUGCAUUUUGUUUAAAAACCUCUAAUUUUUUCUAUAGGGUAGUGACUGUGAGGAUAGUUCUGUGGACCUGGAAGAAGCUACCACCUUCGUGCCCCAGAGCUGUUACUGGGUUGUGGACUGGCUGUUCCUGAAGCCAAACUGUACAUUACUCACACAUGUUGUUGCUCUUUUACUCUAGCUGUGGGUGAGAUAAAAUACUUAGCUUCCCACAGAUUGCUGCUUGGCUGAAACUGGCAGUGUGGAGUGAACUGAACCCCUCCAAUGAAAGGAGGGUAAUGAAUGGAAGAGGCCUUUAUUGAGAGGCACUGUUUCCUCCUAUCCUGAGCAAAGCUGGGGAUUGGAACUCCCCAAAUUUUCAUCCCUGCUUUCUCCCUGAGGUGCUCGGCAGUCUUGGCCAAGUUGCCUCUGUAGAUUGGGGUUCUCGUAAUAGUGACUUCUCCAGCCAGGGAUGUAGUGAGGACAGGUUAGUCCAUGUUCUGAAAAUGUCCAAGUUCCAGCUUGGAAAAGUGCAUGCCUGCAGCCUACUGCACUCUAAGUUAAGGAGCCCCUUCUAGAUGUCCCAGACCAUCCUGACUUGUCAUGUUUGCAGGCCCUGGCUAAUGCCUUCAUUUCCAAGGUAGGGUGCUGUAUGCUGGCAGGAGGAAGGGAUUCUGCCUCUUAGAUGACAGAGGCCUAACUACACCCACUCUUCUCUGUUGGAUGCUCCCUGUGCUAUGGUCCAUGAAGCUGGGAAUCUAAGGGGGAGUGGUGAGCAGUGGGUUGGGGAGAAUGGUCUCUGAGUGGAGGCAUGGUGGCCCCCUGCUAGGGAGAGGCAGAGGCAUAGGCAUAAGCAUAACAACAUUGGUCUUCAGCAUUCUAAAGGUUAACUGUUCUCACCCACUUUCCAGUGCUAAAGUACUGAUUGGUGUGCCCAUAGGAUCGUCCUGACACUGCCCAUACCAGUCUAGGUAAGUUGUGGAUCAAGUGGGUGCAGGCAAUGGGAGACAGCUAGAGCUGGGAGCGAUUAAAGUGACAUUGGAGAGUGCAAAAGGCAGUGGAGGACAUGUUCAUGUUUCUGUGCCCCACUUAAGCUCUUCUGCUUUAUUUCACCCCAGGGGAGCAGAAACUAGAUGUACUGCCAGGCCCAAAUCAGAUUAUGGCAGCCAGAGUUCUCUCGCUCUCAAAACUGGCUACUUUGUUCUCCAGCUUAGCAUGCAAAACACCUGCUCUCUGUGAUCCAGUCCCUGUAGCAUGGGGGAGGAAACUAUUUUUUUGAGGGGAAAAUAAAAGUAUUUUCUUAUA